GAUCACGUGACCGCAACCAAGCGUCGCUUUUCUUCGCUAGUACUUUAUCGGUCGUUUGCUUUCGCUGUGUUUAUUAGCGUAUUGUAACUGUUUACAAACAUACUAACAGAUAUGGCAGACUACUGCGGUGGUAACGGAGCAGCUCAAUAUGAAGAAAACAGCUAUAAACGCUCGUAUCAAGGUUUCGACGGAAGUGCCAAUCCCGCCAAGAAAUCCAGAGGAGGCGAAAUUGGUGGAGUAGAAAUGCGAUGCCUCAUUCCUUCAAAAAGUGCCGGCGGUAUAAUCGGUAAGGGCGGUACCAAUAUAAAGGAUAUGCGCCAGCAAUUUAAAGCCCAAAUCCAGAUCCCUGAUAGCAACACUGGCGAUCGAGUCCUUCGUGUUCUCACAGAUAUUCAAAGCUGUGGUGAAAUAAUUUUGCGUGUCAUACCCUCAAUCAACGAAGAACGGCGCACCGAUAAAUUUGAAGCUAGCGUAAAAUUACUGGUCCACCAAAGCCAAGCUGGCUCUAUUAUUGGGGUCAAGGGGUUCAAGAUAAAAGAAUUGAGGGAAAAGACUGGAGCAGUCAUUAAAGUUCACCAAGAGUGCUGCCCUAAUUCCACAGACCGAGUUUGCCAAGUGUCCGGCAAACCAGAUGUUGUAUCCGAUUGUAUCAAGCUGAUUCUCGAUCUCCUGGAAAAUGCUCCACCUAAAGGCCCUAUUCAAAAAUAUGACCCAGCUGCCAAUGAGGGAUAUGGAGAUUUUGGAUAUGGUGGGGGUCAAGGGGGUUUCGAUCAGGGGGGAUAUGGUGAUGGUGGUUUUGGAGGUGGCAAUAUGGGGGGAUAUGGUAGUAGAGGGUUUGGUGGCCGUGGGGGUGGAUAUGGGGGAAAUCGUGGGAGGGGUGGGUUCAAUUCCGGAGGUAGAGGUUUUGGUGGGGGCAGGGGGGGCCGUGGAGGUGGAGGCUUCCGUGGACGUGGUGGUCCAGGACGUGGUUUUGGUGGAGGACGCGGAAGGGGUGGAGGACCAAGGGGCCGCCCAGGGGGAAACUUUUGAUUGGCAUAAGACUAUGUCAGAAAUUCCUGUCUGAACAUUGUAGUGAAACCAUUUUCACUACUCAAAUAUGGUAAAAAAGGUUGCAAGCACAAGCUCCCAAAGCCAAAUAAUGCUAUUAAAUUGAAUAUUUCAACAGUAGAACUUUAAUAAUCCAAUGCAACUACUGUGUUCACUGUCCAAUUUUAUCGAAUAUUAUAAUAUUGACUGACCAUAAUUGCAUUGCAUUAAGCCCAGAGUUAUUAGUAAAAUCGAAAAUAUAUUUUGUCCAGAUAUCAAGUUGAUAAAUAAACAAUAUUAUAUGAAUGUCACGUCCUGGCAAAAUGUUUUGAUGAUUUGUGUAAUUUAAACAUCACUUUAGGUAUCUAAUAAUAUUUUGUAAAAAAUUGAACUGUAUUGUCCAUCUUUUUUAUUUCCCAUGUUAAUAUUUGUUGGUUACACAGAGUUCAAAUAUAAAUUCCCUGUGUUACGACAUGUUCGCCACAGAAACCCACGUGCCUAUUGUCAAGUUUUUCAUGCCUCCAGCUAGAAGACCAGAAUUAGCCAAUGUUUAAAAAAAUAGAUAUCCAACAGACCAUAUCACAAGUAUAGGGGGUAUCAUAAAUUUUCUGAAUAUUUAAUCCAGUGAGCCACCAGAUACAGAAUAAUUUUCGUUCUUGAGCAAUGGUUUUUAGUAUAAGUUACUGAAACAAUCGUAACAGCCUUGAUAUAUAAGAUGUCUUUACAUAUCUAUCUUGUAAUAUUAGUCAGAGACUCUAAAAUGAUUUUCUGAAAAAAUAAUGUCAGAUCAUUAAAUAUUCUCGUCUACAUAAAUAUGUAAACAGUUAUGAGUUCUGUUUAUCUCAUUAAUAUGCAAUUGCUCAUGAGAGAAUAGCAAUUAACUUCAUUAGCACUGUUGUUUCAUAAUUUGAUUGUUUAAACUUCUCCAGUUUAUUUUUGUUGAACAAAAGUUGAAUGAUGGUUGGGUUAUGGGGAUGUUCGCGUAUUCUUAAAUGUUUUUUGGUGUUGAUUCCACAGAAUGAUGACAGAUAUAUAAAUUUCACCAAUUAAUUCUUGUAGCACACUUCCCAAUCAAUAAGCACCAGACUUGGCUUGUUUUCAUUUUUAUCUAUUCCCCAUUACAAAUUUUGUUUUAUUACGUAGUGACUGAAAGGGUAUCUGAGUUUCACAAAUGCCAAUAUGAAAGUUAAUUACAUCGAAAUUAUCAUGUUGAAGUAAUAUCAUCACAUUCCAGCGAUAGUCCUUAUGUAUUGUACCUCACUUGAUAUCUCAAAUUGUAUGGCUUUUGCUUUCCCAAAUUUUCAAAGAAUCCCAAUCCUGUCCUUUGCCUCUACCUACAUAAUGUUUCCCUUCAUUAGCCUAACGGGUAUGCAUGGGGAAAUAUCCUGAACCAAGGAGGGCAUGGAGCAUUAUUCCAGGGGGUAUGAAUCACCAGAAAGCAAAAAUAGUAUGUAUUUCAUGCAUAAAGCAUUCCAGGGAAUUGGAUCGUUGACAAACCUCAUUUAAUAAAAUAUUUUACCCAUCAUGUGUUUUCCAGACACUCGGGCCAUAGCGAAUCUCAUUUAUAAACAUUUAUGCUCAAACAUGUAGUGCCAGAUACGUCUACUCAAAUGGUAAAAGCAAUGUAAUAUGAGCAAAUAAUUUGUAGUGACAAAAUGGCUCAUUUAAUUUGGUUAAAAUUUCCAAAAUCUGUUAUUUUAAUGUUGUGAUAUCCAUGAGCGUCACUUGCUCAAUAUACUUUGUGCAAAUUUUUAACAAGCUUUCACUAUUAAGUGAAAGAAAUUACUUGUAAACGACUCAAGUACUUGGUUCCUAAUAUUCACAAGAAAAUCUGCACAAAAGUUAUCAAGAUAGAUGUUUAGUCUAAGUUUGCAUGUGUCAAACAUAGCUUUCAAUCAAACAUUUGGUCGUAGUUGCAUAAUAUGUUGCUUGCAACUACUGGCUUGUACCAGUUUUCAAAACUUGAAUUGGGAAUAUUCGAUUCCAUGGCUCAUAUGCCAUCUAAUGACUAGUAACAACAUGGUAUUUCAUUUCUAUAUUGAAAUUAGAAUGAUAACUGAAAAGAGUAUGCUUCAAUCAUGAAUCCAUGAUUUUAUUUCUGAAAUAUGAUCAGCAUUCAUCUCUAUAAGGGCUCUUUUAUAUAUGUGUCUCAAUAUCUUCAGCUGUAUGUACUCUUUUUAUCUUGCAGUUUGCUUGUUCCUAAUUUUUUGCAGGUUCAUUAUUUGGUUGGGGUAACCGAGAAUCUGUGAGAAUAUUUUUGGAUUUGUGGUGUAAAGUUGUACAUGCAUUGCAUAUCCUCUAUUUUAAAUCUGAAGUAGGGUUUUUCAAAGUAAAAGUGGUUAACUUUCAAAACUCAAAGUUUGCUAUUUAUGUGUGCCCUCAAUAUUUACCUUAAAACCAUGUGAGUGCUUGUCGCUUGGGCUACCUUAAAAUGUAUAUGGUCUUUCUAUGAUUUGAUCAAAAAAAUAAUUGCUCCCCUUCAUCUUGCAAUAAGAUAUUUCAUAAACAAUAAAUUUGAUCUUGAGAUAGUGUUCUAGCUUAAUUGUGCUUUUACUGCUAUCUAACCCUGCUAAGCAAGCAGUGUUUCUUGAAAAUUGCACUUUUUUUCUGUAACACCCUUUUCUUUGAGUUCUAUGACGUGUUUCAGAAUAACUUGUAAACGAACUACCAUGUCAGUAAUCAUGGUUGUUCGUUGAAACUGACAAUAUCAGCAACAUGUUUCCAACUGCUUUUCAGGAUAUGGGUAAUUUUAAUUAAUUUUUUUAACAACACAGGGAAGCUCGGAGUGAAUGGAGGGCUUAGGCCUCAAAACAAUCUUGAAUUUGAUAUGGAUGUUUCAACUCCCAGUAAUACAUAGCAAUACGAGAAUAUAAAUGAUAAUGCCCAUUUUCAAGUUUUAUCAUAUCAACAUCAGUCAAUCAUUUGAUCUAACCCUUGUAAACAGGAUGAGAAGUGAUAAAUCUCGAAUUAGCUAUACUGGGUUCAUCAAGGAACACAAUUUUUUUUUUAAUUCGGAGCUGAAAUUCAUAGACUCGAAAAACGUACGACCACUGGGGAUGCUGAUAUGAAAAUAUUUAUCUCUUUUAUUCAGGGGAAUUUGUUUAAUUUUAUUCGAAUUUGUUUGAUUUAUUCAAGUAUAUUGCCUGAAAGGGACGUUGACUGUUGUUGUUAAAAAUGAAGUAAUCUUUAAGUGAGUAAUCAAAGCAAUCUUCCACCUGUGGAUUUGGUUCUUAAUAUAUGAUCUGGACUUUAGUCCUACGUUAUUCUGUUGGUUAAUAUCGUACUUGUAAAAAUGUUGGAUCUCGCAAGGCAACAGCCAUGUGGCUGCGACAACGUUAUUCUGGGUGGGAAAAUCUCCGUUUCAACAGUGGCGUUGUACCGCCAAGAAUUUUAAUAAAAUAUAAAUAUGA